UGUGAGUGUGAGUGCGUGUGUAUAUAGAAGAAAGAAGCUGUGAGGGAAGAAAAUCGGAAGAAAAAAAAUGGAGGGGAUUAUUGAGAAUUAUAAUGUGGGAUUUUGUUCAGUUGAGUCUCAGAAGGCAAACAAUCCGGCGCCGUUUUUGACAAAAACUUAUGAUUUGGUGGAGGAUCCUACCACUGAUCACAUUGUUUCUUGGGGUCAAUCUCAUUCAACCUUUGUUGUUUGGAGACCCUCAGAGUUUGCUACUCAUAUUCUUCCCAACUACUUCAAGCACAACAAUUUCUCGAGCUUUGUUAGACAACUCAACACUUAUGGAUUCAAGAAAAUAGUAGCAGAGAGAUGGGAAUUUGGGAAUGAAAACUUCAAGAAAGGAGAGAGACAAUUACUAUUAGAGAUUCAAAGAAGAAAGUCCCAUAAUCACAACAAUAAUCAACAAAUCCCAUUCCAAUUUUUCCAUCUACACCAACAGCACCAACAACAACUCAGCCUAUGUUACACCACCACUUCCUCCUCCGAUCCCGACAUCCUGGCGGCACUAACGCAAGAUAAUCGUCGUCUACGGCGGAGAAACUUCAUGCUAUUGUCAGAGCUAGCCCAUAUGAAGAAUCUCUAUUCCAACAUCAUCUACUUCAUCCAGAACAACGUUAAACCACUCGAUCACAAAUAUGGCAGCAAAUCGGUUCCCAAGUUGAUCGAGUUGAACCCUUUAUCGUUGCCGCAGCCAGCGUUGCCCGAGGUCCGAUUAGAAGAGGGAAAUGGAAUGGUGAAGCUUUUUGGGGUUCCAAUUAGAGGGAAGAAGAGAGGGCACCGUGAAGAGUGAGGUUCAAAUGAUGAGCUCCCAUGGUGGAUAUGAUUUACACUAAUUUUUUGUUUUGUUGUAAUGUCAUUGAGAUUUUUGUACAUAGAUAUUGAUGGAAUCAG